ACGGCUGAUAGAAGCGUACUAGAAUCUUCUAGCCCUAAACCCCUAUAUCUUCAGACACGAUGCCGUUCCAGCCGCAUAUGCCAUUUUCUGAGGCUUGUGUUUAGAACGUGUCUGUGAGUUGUAUUCUUUGCAUCUGGUAAUUUCAAGGAGAUCGUUGACCAUGGUGAAGGCGUAUCCGCAAGUGAGUGAAGAGUACCAGAAGGCUGUGGAGAAAUGUAAGAGGAAGCUUAGAGGAUUGAUCGCUGAGAAGAACUGUGCUCCCCUAAUGCUUCGUUUAGCAUGGCAUUCAGCUGGGACUUUCGAUGUGAAGACGAAGACAGGUGGGCCGUUCGGGACGAUGAAGCACCCAGCAGAACUUGCUCAUGCCGCCAACAAUGGUCUUGAUAUUGCUGUCAGGCUUUUGGAGCCUAUCAAGGAGCAGUUCCCGAUCUUAUCUUAUGCGGAUUUCUAUCAGUUGGCUGGAGUUGUUGCCGUUGAAAUCACCGGAGGACCUGAGAUUCCUUUCCACCCAGGAAGACCGGACAAGAAAGACCCACCUCCAGAGGGCCGCUUGCCAGAUGCUACUAAAGGUUCUGAUCACCUGAGGGAUGUGUUUGGCCACAUGGGUCUUAGCGACAAAGACAUUGUUGCAUUAUCUGGUGGUCACACUCUGGGUAGGUGCCACAAGGAGCGUUCUGGAUUUGAGGGACCAUGGACCACCAACCCUCUCAUUUUCGAUAACUCCUAUUUCAAGGAACUUCUAAGUGGAGAGAAAGAAGAUCUUCUUCAGUUGCCAUCAGACAAGGCUCUUCUUGAGGAUCCUGUCUUCCGUCCCCUUGUGGAGAAGUAUGCUGCAGAUGAGGAUGCCUUCUUUGCAGAUUACGCAGAAGCUCAUUUGAAGCUGUCAGAGCUUGGAUUUGCAGAUGCUGAGUAAGGGAAAAGAGAAAAGGAAGAAGUGGGUGUUCCAUCUAAUUUCUCCUAUUUGGAUUAUUUGGGAAAAUAUUAUCUUUUUGGUCUGAGACAAUGAUUGUGUGCACUCAUUUUGGUACUCCUUAGCUUGGUGCUUAUUAUCUAUUGGGUGAAUAAUAACUUGCUUUUCUCUUCG